ACCAAUAGUGUUGGUCUCCGCGAGUCGCCAACUAUUUCCAAGGAAAAGCAGAUGGAGUCCCGGUUAAAACAAACAACUGGCCGUUUCCAUCACAGUUCCGGGGAUUGAGGUGCGUUCAACCUGCCUUUGAGAGGUACACAUGCAGACAGAACCUGGAGCCAAAUGCUCUGUUUCGGGCAUGUCUUCUGUGGGUUGAAAGAACCGAUAUCAGCUCGGAAUCCUGGCUGGCCGGCCGUCGAAUGGCACACCAUCGAUCGAUCGCCCUUGGGUGAUGUUUUUCUUGCUUGGCUCACCGUUUACUUGUUCUUCUUCUUUGAUAUGGCACUCAUAGUCUCGUGGCCCCGAGUACGGGAGUGGAGUGCGUUCGACGAGGAGACACCGGAGACAGCUCCGGUCCUUCUUGUGGGCCCGGCCCUCAAGAACCUAGGUUGUUCAAGUUCCGGGUCUGAUUCCAUCUCCAGCAAACGACAACGUCCCACAUCCGGGACCUUCCGCUGUAGCGCCGGGACCGGGGCGUCCGUAUGAUGAAGUCCCCUUCCGACUGGCUGAGUCAUCACUCUCUCCGACCGAUCGGAGGAGGCAUCGUCCGAACAAGGUCCGGGUCGUCCGGGUUGGUACUUCAACUCGGUUUUAAUACCUAAGGUAGAGGGAGUGAGUCCAAGAAGGGGAAAACAAAAA